AUGGGAUUAAAAUUGCCUCGGAUAUUCAUAACCGGGGCGACGGGAUAUAUCGGAGGAGAUGUAUUUUAUGCUCUGAUUCAGAAAUAUCCUCACCUGGAAGCUUCAUCAAGCUGCUUAGUGAGAAGUGAGGCGGGGGUCAAGUUGCUCCAAUCAGCCUACCCAGGUGCUCGACCGGUCCUUGGUGACCUGGGAAACGCAGAACUUCUCGAGUCUGCAGCUGCAGAAGCAGAUAUCGUGCUUCAUUGUGCCAGUAUUGAGGAUGUGGAAUCCUCGCAAGCCUUGGCUAGAGGCCUGGCACGGAGACGUCGAGAAGGUCCGGCAUAUUGGAUCUGCACUUCAGGAACCGAUAACCUGGGAUGGGAGACUAUUAAAAACAACAGCUACGGGGAGACGUAUCCCAAGAUAUACGACGACUACGAUGGCGUUAUCGACGUGCUCUCCUUGCCCGACCAGGCACCUCAUCGUGAUGUGGAAAAAGUGCAACAGGACGCAGCCAGUGACCGGGUCAAAGUGGCAAUCGUCAGUCCCCCCUGCAUCUACGGUGUCGGUCGGGGCUGUGGAAACAAACGAAGCAUCCAGUUGCCUGAUCUGGCCAAAUAUACAAUCCAGCAUGGAAAAGCGUUCCAAGUCGGCAGAGGCCUGAGCCACUGGCCGAACCUUCACAUUAACGAUCUCGGGAACCUCUUUGUUCUCCUUGUGGAAGAGGCUCUUAAGGGAGGGGGCAAUGCGACCUGGGGGCUUGAAGGGUAUUACUUUGCUGCCAAUGAGAAAGAACAUGUUUGGGGGGAUAUUGCGGUGUUGGUUGCGAAGGAGGCUCAGUCCCGGGGCCUGACGAGCUCUGUGGACGUGUUGUCCUGGUCUGCAGAGGAGGCCGACAAGCAUAUGGAGUUUUGUAAUCUUUUCUACGGCACCGAUUGCCGAUGUAGGGCUGUUCGGGCUCGAAAGCUUCUUGGAUGGCAACCAACACGGCAUAGUAUUGAAGAGGAGAUCUCGGCGACGCUUGCUGAAGAGGCACGCCGUUUACAGGGAAUUUAG